AUGGCCUCCAACCUACUAGCUUCUAGGAUCCCCACUCAGCUUGAGUCAGAGGACUUCCUCACUUCGCACUGCCGCGUCUGCACCCGUCUGGCGCGGCUCCCACAGCCUGACGAGCUGUCGGAAGCCCGGACCCCGGCGAGGUCCGCGUCCUCAAGGGACACUCGUGGAGAAACCGGGCCAUUCCAAGUACACUUUGCAGAGGAGGACGUGGAGUGCCGGGCCUUUGAAGCUUUGCUCUCUGAGGGAACCAGUUAUGCGUCCAGUGCGGAGGUCUCGGGCAUUGCCCGGGCGGAACAAGACCCGCGGAACCUGGCGAAACUGCUCAUCGGUUUUUCUCCAAACCGCUCGGGAUUUGUGCUGAGCCUUCGGGUAGAGCUUGCAUCCAUUGGGUUCAAGAAGCUCUACUCACCCUUCCGGAACCCUGCCUUCGUGGAGGCUGGUGUGAAGCAGGUGACAAACCUAUCAUCCCAAGCAGAGCUCUUGAAGUUUGCAUCGAGCUAUGGAAAUUGUAUCAUCGAGAAGGCCUUCUUUGGAGGUGUUUUGUGUCUAUGCUUUCGAAAAGGUGGUGAGGAAGGCUUUCAAGUGGAGCUGGGUAGGGAUGUGUUUGGCGUGAGCUGGCAACACCGUGGCGGUGGUCCGCUUAAAGUGGAGUCCAAAAAGCCUCUAAGUUGCGAACAGCUGGAAAAGCUCUUGCGAAGUUGGGCCAAAAGCUUUGGCGGUGGCUCGCGAAAAGGGAGGAACGUUGUUGUGGUGAGGCUAAAAUUGGCACCCAGUUCCAAGGUGGAAAGUUUAGCAGUUCCGGAUGAGCUUCUUCAGAUGGAUCUUCAAAGGAAAUUGGAUUUGGAGAAGGCUAGCAAUGACCUGAAGAGAGCCGAGAGAUCUCGCAGUCUACCACAGCUUUGUGAUGCCUUGGAUGAGGCUUUUCAGUGUCAUUUGGAUGAUCCUUUGUUGGAAGAGCUCCAAGAAAAGCGUCAUCGACUCACUGAUGCAGAGGAGUCUUUGAAGAAAGCGAGCUCCGAUAUCUUUCGCUUGGGUUUGGCCCUAACGGAAGCAGAAGAAGCAGGAUUACCCGAGUGGAACAGGGAGAAAUUUGAAGAGAUGAGGAAGCUACAUCGCCGGCUCUUGGAGCAACGACAUCAGUCUCGCUUAAGAGCUGCUUUAUCCGAAGUGACCUUGGGUGAUCUAGUGGAUGUCCUACAGUGUGCUGUGCAAGAUGACUGUUCUCAUUUGUCCGAAUUCCAGGAGGUCGAGUCCAAACUCGUCGCUUGGAUUGGUCGCCUGACACAAGAGGCGAUGGGCUCUGACUCAGAGGGGACGCUCAGGACGCACGUGUCGCGUGCUCAAGAGCAGCUAGAGACUCUACGCCCACUUCUCGAAGGGGACGCACGUGACGCACGUGACCACGCGUUGGACCGGCCGACGACACGAGCUGCGCAGCAGUUCCGGGAGGCCGUCGUGCAGCUGCAGCGGCGCAGUGAGGAGCGCAUUGCGUUGGAGCGGAGGCGUAAUGAGUUGGAAGCUUCGCUGCAAGAGAUUUUGCAUCGAGCAGAAGAUACAGAGACAUCCAAGGAGGAGAACAUUUACCAAGAGCUCCAGCAAAGGCUUUCAGAGACAUCCCAGCUUCCUCUUGAGACACAGAGAUCACUGGAGGCUUUGAAGUCCCGCGGUGAUACGGUCUUGGAGGAGAAGCGGAGCAUGGAUGAAACUGCUCAGCAGCUGCAGCAGAAGCUUCGAGCUGCAACCAUCUCGGAGAGCUGUGAACCCGAGAUCCUGGAGUCCACCUUGCAGGAUGUGGCGGUGAAGCAGCGGAGUGGCGCCCUGCACCGGGCAGCUCUCUCGAUACAGCUGCUUUGCUCGGCGAGAAAG